AUGGCCACUGAUAGCGCGCGUGAGGCUCGCCGCCGGAAAAUCCUUGAGCGAGGAUCGGACCGCCUUGCCUUCAUCACCGGGCAAGCCCGAUCCCUGCCCCCGUCGGCCAUUGAUUCUCCUGCCACUCCCCCGCCUUCUAAUCGGAGUGUAGGUGGAGACGAAGAAGGGGUCCCGGUUGCCGGUACGCGUCUCAUGUUUUCCCCGUGAACCUUGUCUUUUGCUAAUUCUGCUGGUUCAGGUCUCGCUGUGGCCAUGGAAUUAUUUGUUCGUUUACACUGUAUUGGAUGGCCUCUCAGUGCAGCAUCUUGUCUAGAAACUUUAAAUUUAUAUUUUACGACAAGAAAAUAAUCUUUAAUGCAUGCUCGUAGUUAAUGCGCGCUCCCUUGUCCACCAUUUUGUAAGCUACUUAAAAUUUCCCAGCAUGCGAACAACGGACGUAAAUGGAGGAUACACGUUUGAAAUUUAGAUGUAAAUACAUAAAAAGAUUUAUGAAAAGAUAAUUAUUAUCUCCUUGGAAAAUAUUGGAAACUUUGACAAAUGUCUCUGCACAUGAAUUCCUUUCUACAGAAAAGAGGAGUACGCAGCUGUUAAAGUGAAUUCACGAAAAACUAUUUGCAAAGAGAAUGAACUGAACUUAGAGUUCAUACUUUGCUCAGCUUCUCUGGAUUCGGUAGGCAUUACAUAAUUCCUCAUGCAUGACAAAUUCCGUCAACACCAAAUUAUGUCACAGUUUUUUUUUCACGUCACGUGUUUGCUUCCAAUUGUCGAAAAUAGAAACUUGCAACUUCUACCAACGAAUUUUAGAGAUUGUUAGACGUUCAAGAUAGCAGAGGCGAAAAUCUAUGUUUAGGGAGUUGUCAAGAGCUUUGUACAAAAGAAGAGGCUGAAGAAUCUAUGUUUAAUUUGUUAGGGGAUAAUAUCCAUCAUUUGAUGGAUUUAGCCUUUUUUAUUUAAUUUUUCUUGAGAUUUGAUUAAGCAGGACCUGAUGGAGGCAAUGUCGGAAGUGUAUGAGCCAAUGAAGGGUCUCUAACCAGAGUAUUUUUCGCACUGAUUCCAAAGUAAUAAGGUAAAAGUAGUGUAAACGACUGGAUACCCAUUAGUCUACAUAAUGGUGUUCAAAAUCAUCAGGGGAAUGCUGGCUAAAAGACUCGAGGAAGAAGCUAAUCGGUUGAUAUGCUAGAAUUAUGGUAUGUUAAUCAGUUACUGUUGAUGUCAAAUAGUUUUUCUGGUGAACUUCGAAUGUAAUCAUAAUGCAAGGUGUCGAAGUGACAAUAGAGAAGAGAUUUUGUUCAAAAUCGGACAUUGAAAGGGUAUUUGGAGGUGGGAUGUAAAACAGCUUUUCUCUGGUGCUUUAUUGAAUGAACUUCAAUAAUAGAGACUUAUUCUACCUCUGUUAUAUUUAUUUUUUUAGUGAUUGAGGAAUUGUUGCCAUUUUUUUUUGGAAGAGGCAUUGGAUAGGUAGACACCUUGUUUCCUCUCCCACUUAUACUAGUUAUUGUAUUGGUGAGUAGAAUGUUAUCGACGGUUGAAGUUUUGUGAUGAGUUGUGGUUUCUCAGGCACAUUAUACUUAAUAUCGGGAAUAUUGCACUAGAACCUUCUUACUUAAGGAGGAUCAUGUUUGUGUAACCGGGUCAUAGUUUAUUUUUUUAAAACGAGUUUUAAUGAACCCUGAGAAUGUGGAACGUGAACUUGAACAUGGAGGGAAUGGAAGGUAGAAGGCUGCUGUGCGUUUGGGUCAUUAGAUGGUGGAGUGUUUUUAUCUUUCGCCUUGAGAUGUCACCUCCUUCAACGUCCUUGCACCAAAAGAAUCUUUCGAAAGCAGAAUGUCAAAUUGGAGGGACAAGGUUUUUUUGGGAAGGAAAGCUUACUUUAUAUAAGUAUGUGUCGUCCAAAUUGCCUAUGUGUUAUCUAUCUGUAUUCAUGUUCCUCAAGGCAGUGACAAAGAGACUAGAGAAGCAGUUCAAUGAAGAAUUUUCUAGCGGGAAAGUGCAGGCAAGUGUAGAGGAUGAUGCGGCAUUAAUUGGGAACGAAUAUGUAAGGACAGAAAAUUUAGGGCUUGACAUUGCUGACAUUAGAUAUUUCUAAGGAAGUGACUAUGAACAUUGAAACUGAGGAUGAGGAACUUUAGUUGCAAGUGGGAGCACUGGAUUAGGAACAAGGUGCAUGACAUAAUGGCUAAUACUGUAAGUAAAAUAUCUGGAAUAUGGUUGGAUGUCUUGCAGCUGUGGAAGACAGUAGUGAUAUUAGAAGAGGUACCGUGUAAAGAACUUUUGGAAAGACAGAUUUUGUGAAACCUCAUCUUUUAACGAAAAAUUCUGAUUUCUAGCUUGGAAAACUCAAUGCCAUUGGAUCACGGGUGUGAAGGCCUUUGACUUAGGGACAAAACCGGUAUGUCCAAUAUGUAGAAAAAAUGUUAAUGAGGAGAUCCAACAUCGUAGGGACCAGCUUGCAGUGCAGUCACCAAUUAUCUCUAAGGCGGACAUGAGGUGUACCCAUUGGAUAGGAACAUAUAUCUCAAUUAAGAGAAACUAGAGGCGAAGUGGUAACAAAAAAGAUGAAGACUUUUGUGGAAAAAUCUCACUUUGGUGACCGGUUAUAUAUGAUAGCUUGACAUUUUCUACGGGUAAGAUUCACACCUCCUACGCUAGAUAUAUGAUGCUCCUUAUCUGACUCAAGGCGUAUGAUACAACUCAAAUGAAUGGCUUUUGGCAUUGACAGCGAAAAUCAGAUCAUAUGGUUUGGUGACUUUUCUUGCAUGGGAUUAUUUGCCCAUUUGGAUUGAGAGAAACCGUUGGUACUUCUAAAAGAACUGAGAGGAUGGUUAAUUUUCUGUGUGGUAUGGUCAAAGAGUGGGUUUUAGUUUGAUUGUUUCAAAGUAAGAAUCGAUGGGUACGAAUCUACCAUCUUGGGCGCUUAGGCUUGCUAGCAUGCCCUACCCCCUACGUCCUGCCAAAGAGAAUAACUUGUGUAAAGGGGAAUUCUCAGAGGUCAUUGAACAUGUUUACCACAUUAUUCCCCUUCCUUUGGUUAAUCGAUGGAUUUCCAUGCAUUCCAAUUCAAAAAAAAACAAGGAAUUUCUGAAGCGCCAAGAAUAUGCACAUUUUCCCUAAUUACGAGUUCUGGUUCAUGUCUGCUCGGUUCAAUGAAGCACCAGACUCCACCUUUCCUUGUGCAGCAUACUCAUGCUUUGAGAAUUACAAGGCCAGCUCAGCAUGCAGGUUGUGAGAAGAUAAACAUUCGACAUGACGAUGUGUCAGUCUAUCCAUGUUGGUCCUACUCCAUAUUGCGAUUUUAAUUACCUUCAUUGCUAGUUACACGCCCACGUUGGCUAUUUUUCCCCUGAAACUGUUUCUAAAUUUGAAAGCAUCAUCUAAUGGAGAGCAGUCACGUAUAAUUUAUUUUUUUCUCAUUCGUUUGAUCGCUAUUUCUUCCAGAUUUAAGAGACUUCCCGCCACCUUUUGAGCGUUAUUAUAUUAUUUUCUGCAAGUCAUAUCUUAGUUUUGCUCUGGACCACAUCUUAUUACAGAUCUUUCAGUUAAGACCUCCAGUGACGAUUUUCUUACCGGUAAUGAGUUCCCAGAAUGUAGAUCGACUAGUCCAACUGAGAGGGAGACGAGGGACAGAAGACCCAGUGUUGAAACAUUCCUGAAGAAUGAGGAAAGCAAUGAAGCUGCUUAUUCUGUCCUGCCCAGCAGUGGGGAGAUAGAACCUGCGACAACAGAUGAUGCUUCCCACCACCCAGUGGUGACCACUGGGCCACACCCAGCAAAAAGGCAGGCCCGCAUCUUCACUGCCCAGAGGAUCUCUUCAUCCAUCUCAGCCUCUGAGAAUAUCCGCAUACUCUGUGCUGUAUCUAUAGCUGCUUUGGUGGUUCAUUCAUGCCGCGGCCAUCUGGUCAUCUCGGACUCCAUUCACAGCAUUAUCAGCCACAAGCCCAUUUACAUGGUCCUGCUGACUGAUUUAGCCCUCGUGCUUGGCCUGCUCUACACCGGUAGAUGGAAGGGGAAAGAUGAAGCUGAUGCAGAGACAACCAGAGCCCAAGAGGGUGGCGACUGGAUGGAUCAAAUGGGCAAAGCCCUGGAGGUAUUGCUAAUUAUGCAGAAGAUGGCAAGUGCUGCGUUCGCGGAUUGCUGUCUCUGCGCAGUCAUCAUCAUCUGCGGUAUUUCCCUCUUCACGAAUGCAUAA